AUGGCUACCACAGCGACACAGUCUCGAGAGACGGCUCGGGUUCUCAAGCGGUCAGGUAACAAUGGCGGAGAUACAGGCAAACGCAGAGCACCCUACGUAUUGCGCGCGUGCGGUGCUUGCCGACGUCGGAAGGGCAAAUGCGACGGACGACAGCCGUGUCGGUAUUGCAUGGAUCGCGGCCAGAGCUGUAGCUACAGCACCAGUUUUGAGUCUGAUGGAUGGAAUGUCGAGGCGGUCCAGCCAAGGCCAAGACAAGAUCCUGGAAGAGCCAAUUCGUCAUCCAGCAGCAGCAAUCAAGAGUCCAUGGUCGAAUUACUGUCUUCGCUGCAAGACCAGCUAGAUAACCUAGCAUCGCAAGUUCACAUGGCCAACCGCGAACGGUCGAACCCGCCAUCCCCCACCUCCAGUGCCGGUGCUGCCAAGUUCCACGAUUUCGCGACAAGGCUUAACGAGGCCAGCGCUCACGACGUUCGCAACACUACCGACAGAAGCCUUCGAGGCUGCUCCCCCGGAUUCUACGGCCCGACCAGCCCAGAUUACACCUUGAACGUAGGACAGCUGAAACUGCGGCGAAACAGCUGUCCCGGCCCACCGUUACAAGAACAGCAGCUCCAGCUCGCCAGUAUCGACGAGGACGCCGCGUCCGACACAAAUGACGACGAGGCUGCUCAGGAUGACCGGCCGUCAGUGUCACCUCGGACGGUGGGCAGACAAGACACGACACCACUAUUGACCUUUCGAUCUAUAAUGGGUUUGCAAGAGGCUAUCCAGCUUGUGCACAUCUAUCAGGAGGUCGUCGGAGAUCUUCAUCCUGUCGUUGACAUAGACGCACUCAUCAAGCAGGCUCAGUCUUGGUAUGCAGACUCUGACUCUGGGUCUACAUCCUGUGAGCUUCUGAUGAUAUUCAACCUUGUUCUUGUUAUUGCUCUCCGCGCCGACCCAAGGCCAAACCACGGCCACAAGGAGAACCUUCUUCGGGACAGUUUUGAGGACGCAGUCAAUGCAAAACUGGCUGCCCCGGCUUACAGCAUAAAACACGUCACAAUCAUAUUUCUAAAGGGAUGGUAUGACUUCUUCCAAGAGAUGCCACGCUCCGCCUGGCGCAUGUGUGGAACUGCCGGUCGUAUGUUGAUGGAACUCGGGUUUCACAACGGCCAGGUGUUUAAUCACACAUUGACGUCGGAUGCCCAGCGCACAGAGGCUUGCAUCUUGAUUAGUAGCAUUGUGAUUCUAGAUCGCCAGUGGAGCUAUGCCACAGGGCUGCCAUUACACUUUCAUGAAAACAGCUUCAGCUCUAUUUCGACGUCUUCUGUUCAACAUCCAUAUUUAAAGGCCAUGCUCUCUUUUAUACUCAUCAGCGACCGGUUCGGCGAGCCCAUCUCUAGGGCUGCCAAGGGGGAGCGAUACACCGAUGAUGAUGCCUUUGAACUGUUGAACUUCCAGAUCGACCAGUGGAGGAAAAAGGCUGUUGGGAAUUACACUCUAUCUGAAUACCGUACAUGGCACACAAAUCCAUCCGCCAGGCCACCUACGUGGGCCAUUUUGCUGAACCUCCGCGCCGAAUCCGUGCGCAGUCAACUACUCAAACCCUUCUUCUUCUCAGAAUCCGACAUUGAGAUAACAAAGAAUCACCUCAGAGCCGCAACAGAGCUCGUCUACGAUAUCUGCCACGUUCUCUACAUGCUCGACAACUUCACCGACAUCUACCGCAAGCAACACCCCUACUUCCAACACAUAUUGGCUUGUACAUCGGGACUUGCCUUUUUGGUUAUAGCAUUCCUCAAGCAAAACAAAACCACGGUCUUGGCCAAUCUAGAGCCAGAUCUAGUCGAUUCGCUUGGUGGAAGUUUCCUCAUGGCAGAAUGCGUCACGUUGAACCAUGCUAAACGGUCACGUCCUGCGCGGAGACUGGCAAAGAGGCUAGUGGAGAUGAGACGGAUUCUUCUAAGUCUUGGCCUUCUCAAAGGCCCAGCUACGGGAGCUAGUGAAGAGGAGACACUGGCUAAUACUUCAAAAUCGAUUCCGAGGGAGAGCUUCAUCCCUCAGCCGGAGAUGGUGGACCUUCAGUCCCAGUCGGGCUAUACGCCACCGAUGUAUGAUGCUAAUAUUUCUGAUGGGUUUGGGUUUAAUAUUCCGCCCACUCUUGCUGACACAGAUGUUAUUAUGGGAUGGACGGAUUCGCUUCGUCUCCAGUGGCCCAUUGGCGACGUAAGCCACAUGUUUUCGGAGAGCAGCUUUUAG